CGUAUGAAUCUUCUUAUUUUCUUGGCAAUAAACAACCUCCAUUUAUUUUUUUUUCCCUUCAAAGUUACGGGACGUGAGACAAAUUCUUCUCAAAUAUCUAAGGAGAUAUAUACUUAUUUUUGUUCAGAUGUCUUCUGUAAUAAGUUCGUCUUUCAUAUUCCGCGUGAGGGACCAACGGUAAGUUCUUGAUUCCUACUGAUUGGAUUUUCCUUGACUGUGAUCGAAAAUCUAAAAAAAAAUUCUUUUUAUCCAUUAUGAAAGCAGGCCGUCAUAGAAUUUAUACCAACGAACAACGCAAAGCACGUAACCGAGAAGCUCAAGCAGCCUUUCGCGAUCGUAGAAACAAACACACAAAAACGCUUGAAGACAGUAUUGUUCACUUCGAGACGAUGAUCAAGGACUUGAAAGAGUCAAAUAUUCAAACAACCGAACGUGCUGAGCAAGCUGAAGAGCGCUGUCGACACCUUGAGUCAGAAUUAUCUUGCUUACAAAAACUAGUCCAGACUGUCUUGAUUGAUAAUCAAAAACUUCAAUAUCAGCUUGAUGCCUUUCUUAUUUCAAGUGUGUCAAUGUAAUCCAGACAAAUUUAUUUAUUUCUAUUAGAUAACAACCAAUUAUUUCCAUACCUUCCUCAGGCAGACAUGAACGUAUUAACAAAGUCAAACACAGGCGAGUCUCAUCAUAUUUCUUUUAAAAAAAAAGAUAAAUGAUCCUAGAGUUUCUUUUUCAUAGGCUACCCAUCUUUUUCUUAUCAGCAAUUUUAAAAUGUGUCUUGGCAAGUGUUUUAUAACGUCAAAGAACUUUCUGAUCCUAGUGUUUUUUUUUCUAUAGAUUUCUUCACAUGUCUAGGUGCACAAGCAAGCAACAUUUAUUAUUUACCGGAGGCUUACUGCGCCUACAAAUAAACAUCCUCUAAGCCUCCCCCUUUCUUUUCUUUAAACAAAUAAAACCAGUUUCAGGUACUCAAAAAAAAAAAACGACAAGUAAAGACAUAUUUGAGUGUUAUUAGAAAUCCAAAUUACCAAUGAGGUAAUCAUGAGAGCAC